AUGAAGCUUCUCAGAGCUCUCAAGCUUCUGCUUCCAUUUCUAGUUCUUCACUUGCACUUCGCCUUCUCUGAAGUCUUCUUCGAAGAGCGAUUCGAAGAUGGGUGGAAGAGCCGGUGGGUCUUAUCAGACUGGAAAAGAGCAGAAGGAAAAGCAGGAACGUUUAAGUACACUGCAGGGAAGUGGUCUGGAGAUCCGGAUGAUAAAGGCAUUCAGACAUAUAAUGAUGCCAAGCAUUUUGCCAUAUCUGCAAAAGUACCUGAGUUCAGCAACAAAAAUAGAACUCUAGUUAUCCAGUAUUCAAUUAAAUUUGAACAAGAGAUCGAAUGUGGUGGUGGUUACAUCAAACUUAUGUCUGGCUAUGUCAAUCAGAAGAAAUUUGGUGGUGAUACUCCAUACAGUUUCAUGUUUGGACCUGAUUUAUGUGGCACACAGACGAAAAAGCUCCAUGUUAUUCUUUCUUACCAGGGCCAGAAUUAUCCCUUAAAAAAGGAUCUGCAAUGUGAAACAGACAAAUUAACUCAUUUCUAUACAUUUAUUCUUAGGCCUGAUGCAACUUACAGCGUCCUUGUUGAUAAUAGAGAAAGAGAUUCUGGAAGCAUGUAUACAGAUUGGGAUAUACUUCCUCCACGAAAAAUCAAGGAUGUCAAUGCCAAAAAGCCAGCAGACUGGGACGACAGAGAGUAUAUUAUUGACCCUAAUGAUGUGAAACCGGAGGGAUAUGAUUCAAUUCCAUCACAAAUUCCUGAUCCAAAGGCCAAAGAGCCUGAAGAUUGGGAUGAUGAAGAAAAUGGAAUUUGGAGGCGACCAAAGAUCCCAAAUCCAGCAUACAAAGGACCAUGGAAGCCCAAGAAAAUCAAGAACCCCAACUAUAAGGGAAAGUGGAAGACUCCUUGGAUUGAUAACCCAGAGUUUGAGGACGAUCCUGACCUUUAUGUGCUGAAGCCAAUAAAAUAUGUGGGCAUUGAAGUUUGGCAGGUAAAGGCUGGUUCAGUUUUCGACAACAUUUUGAUUUGUGAUGACCCACAGUAUGCAAAAGAAGUUGUAGAAGAGAUUUUUUCAAAUAGAGAAGCUGAAAAAGAAGCUUUUGAGGAAGCAGAAAAGCAGAGAAGAGCUCGAGAAGAAGAGGUGAUUACAAGAAGCCAAGUUGCUUCUCUGGUUUUUCUGAAGUCCUACUGUAGUGGUCAAACAAUAACCCUUAUGAAAAACAUUUUCUUCCCAUUUGAUUGCUUGUGUAGGAUGCUAAAAGAGCGAGUGAAGAAGGUGAAAGAAGAAAGAGGGACAGAGAUCGUCAGUAUGGAGAUAGGAGGCGUCGUAAAAGGCAUGAUCCCCGUGAUUAUCUGGAUGAUUACCAUGAUGAACUAUGAGGCAGCAGCGGAUGUUUGUUGUUUGUACCAUAGCUUUGGGAAAAGGAAAGGCAUUCCCAACAAUUAG